UAACAGCUGAUGCCUGCUUACAAAUGUCAUAUGACUAAAUAUGUCAAUGGGAUCUUUAGAGACCUACAUGUAGAAUUUAAUAUUUGUUUCAAAAACUAAGGAAGCUACAAAGUAACAGAUUUCAAAGAAACUAUGUGAAGCAACACCCUGAAUUGUAAAAGACAUCAUUUCAUCAUGGGACAGCAACUUUCAGAUCAGACACAAUUGGUUAUUAGCAAGUUACCAGAAAAAGUAGCAAAACACAUCACAUUGGUUCGAGAAAGUGGCUCCCUAACUUAUGAAGAAUUUCUUGGAAGAGUAGCUGAACUCAACGAUGUAACUGCUAAGGUGGCUGCUGGCCAGGAAAAACAUCUUCUCUUUGAGGUACAACCUGGGUCGGAUUCCUCUGCCUUUUGGAAAGUGGUUGUACGGGUGGUCUGUACCAAGAUUAACAAAAGCACUGGCAUUGUGGAAGCAUCACGGAUCAUGAACUUAUACCAGUUUAUUCAGCUGUAUAAAGACAUCACAAGUCAAGCAUCAGGAGUGUUGGCUCAGAGUGCCACCUCUGAGGAACCUGAUGACACCUCAUCCUCUGUCACAUCUUGUCAGGCUAGUCUGUGGAUGGGCAGGGUGAAGCAGCUGACUGAUGAGGAGGAGUGCUGUAUCUGCAUGGACGGGCGAGCUGACCUCAUCCUGCCUUGUGCUCACAGCUUUUGUCAGAAGUGCAUUGAUAAGUGGAGUGAUCGACACAGGAAUUGCCCCAUUUGUCGCCUACAGAUGACAGGAGCAAAUGAGUCGUGGGUGGUGUCAGAUGCACCCACGGAAGAUGACAUGGCGAACUAUAUUUUGAACAUGGCUGAUGAGGCAGGCCAGCCCCACCGACCGUGACCUGGUGGGAAGACUUUCAUUUGACACUGUGGGCUACGGUUACUGUAGUCAUAGUGAAGAAAUGGAGGGAAGUUAUGGCACACACAGGAAAAACCACUUUUUCCAACCCUCUUAUUUUUGCUAUUCUGCAAUAUGUACCAUUUUAAGAUAAAUUUCCCAUGUCUUCCAUUUAUGGUAAACUAAAGUGUGCUGUUUUAGGCCAUACUGUCCUUUGUAUCUGUUCUAAUGUGUCUUAGAACUAAUUGCUCUUGAAUUCUUUGCUAGCAGAUAAUAGCAAUAUUUCCAGAAACUUGACAGGGCAGGAGGAAUAUGUGGACAUCUUUGUGGUUAGGUUUAAAAUAAGUUUUGAAUGUUGAAAUGUUGUAGCCGUCUACAAAAAAAAAAAGAGAUUUAAAUGACAAAAAAAAAAUGUAGACUACAUAACAUCUAAGUGCGGGUUACUACUGCAGGUCUUUCUGCUGGAGCCUCAGGGUGUGUGUCCUGCCCCCUGGUGGUUAAUUAUGCUCCUCAACAGUGUGUACUUGACAUGAUGCAGGCACUUCCUAGCUAUGAACUUGAGCAGUGUGUUUUGGAACUACAUAUUUUUUACUUAAAAGUAUGUUUUCUCCUUGCAGUAUAAUUUGGGUAAGGACUUUAGAACUGGUACUUUUUCUUGCUAAUGGACUAGAAGAAUCUUCUUGGCUGUUCUAGAAAGGUAUUUCCAAAGCUGGUUAAUUUAAUUGGACUUUGCUGCUGCUUAAACAGCUUGGAUUUCCAGAAGGAAAGUCUUCAUCACAGGCUGCAUUCUGUAUUUCUGGGUCCCAGUGAGUCGUUCAGUAUUGGUUCAAAGUGCUGGCAUUUUAAAGUAACAGCAUCUCUCUGAGGCUUCAAAUUCCUCAAUUUUGUUUAGUUUAAGAGAGAAAAUCAGGUAAAGUUUUUGCGCCAUAUAUAUGCAAAGUACCCCUGAAGACUAGAAGGUCUUUGGCUGGCUUACCGUUUCACUAGACUUCCUCACAAGUCGCUGAGAAGAAUAUAGUAGCAGUGGGAUUCUAACCUUCAGAAGCACUCGGCUGUUUUUAGCACUGCAGCCUGUAAUAGAACCAGGGGAUGAGGUCUCCUUCAAAGGCAUUUCAGCAUUCCAUGUAAAUUUUCUGACCUAUUACGGGUGAGUUGUAGAUGUUACUAUUUUCCUAGCUAACAGGUAUAUUUCCUAAGUGUAAAGGUACACAGUUUAGGUUGCUACUUAUUGAUGGCAGAAAUUUGUGAAUAUUAAAAUUUUAAUAAGCACACAAAUGAAAUCCACUUCAAGUAAAAAUAUCUGACUGGAUUUUGUCCCCAAAAUGCUGAAGACAAAUCCAUUGGCAGCCAUGGUGGGGAGAGUUGAGUUCUCAGUAUCGGGGUUGGUGCAGGCAGAGCACUGGGCUUCUGCCACCAACGUGGCUGUGCACUGGAUGCUUUGGGGCCUUUGAGCAAGUCUUUACUCUGGUUUGCGGUUCCUGCUUCAGAAACUGUUUGUGGUUUGCACACCAUUGCAGCACUGGAACUUGGUUUCAAGUAAAUUAUUAGAAUCUGUAUGUACACAUGUGCUUGGACACACACUACCCCACUACAUAAAAAUCACAUUUUACUAGUAAAAAUUCCUUAUGUAAAGUUAAUAUACUAUGUGGACUGUACCUGAUAAUAUGCAGGAGAUAAUAAACAGCCUUUGAGAAUUUGAUGAAUAACAAAUUUUUAAGAUGGAGUUUUUAACAUAAAACAACCCAUUUUGUCCGGGUUUAGUGGUUUAGUUGGUAGAAUGUUGCCUAGCCUGCAUGGGACUCUGGGUCUGACCCAGUGCCACAUGAACCAGGCACGCGGGCAUGUACCUGCUAUGCCAGCUGUUAGAAGGCAGAGGCCAGACAAGAAGUUCAAGGUCAUUCUCAACUACAUAGUGAGUCUGAGGCCAGCCUGGGCUUCAAACAACCCUGUCUGAAAAAUUUAAUUCAAGUCACAUUUCCAGAUUACUGGAUCUCCCCUAUUGAUUCUUGCCAUCUCAUGGCACAUUAUGAAAUCCUUGGGGUAAGUGAGCCUUUGGGGUGUUUUUCAAGUCUUAAAUUUUAAAUUGUCUUUUUGGUUUAGACUUUCUGAGUUUAAUUUAGAUUGCCUAAUCCUAAUUUUUUUUUUUUUUAAUGAACAAUGUAGUUUUGUAGGUUUGGGGAUCUUUCCAGGUACAGCCAAGGUUUUCUUACUGCCCAGAAUCCUUCAAAGACCUGUAAAGGAACUGGUAAACAAUGAGCCCGGUGAUGAUGUUAGCCACACCCUUCUUCUUACAAUAUGAACUCUAACAUAACUAACUGACUUACUGUGAAAUGUUUUUAUUAGCCGUAUCAAGUGUAUGAGCAGAGUUCUUUGUUCAUUCCAUUACACUGGUUAAGAAUUCUUCAGUUGGGACUGUUAGGUAGGUAGGUCCCACUGUCAUAUCUGAUCAGAAAAGUUGUAAAUUUUAAACAAAUGUACAUUUUCUGUCCUGUACAGCUUUAUCCUUUUAAAUAUGAAGUACUUAAGUGUUCUUACUAUGAUAGAAUAUGUGUGCCUUCUAGAAUUGUGAAAUGUUCUCAUUGCUCUAGAGUUGGUUUUAGAAGCCAGAUGUUCUUGCUGUGCUGACUCAGUCAUGAAGGGGGGGGGGGGGUUCAUGAUGCUAUGGAGCUGUAGUUUCAGAAAGGGAGCUGGCUGAAUAGAGUGUCCAUUUUACUCCUAGGGAAGCUUAUCCUAAGCUGGUGUGGUGGUGCACGCCUUUAAUCCCAGCACUCCAGGAAGCAGAGGUAGGAGGAUCCCCAUGAAUUGGAGGCCACCCUGAAACUACAUAGUGAAUUCUAGGUCAGUCUAGGCUAGAGUGAGACCUUGAAAAACCAAAAAAAGAAAAGAAAAAAAAAAGAAAGAAAAUAAAAAACCUGAUCAAUUGUGCAAUAAGUAAACUUCAACUAAUUGAGAUGUUUUCUUAUGUGAUUUCAGUCUUCUAUACUAAAUAUUUAUAUUCAUUAGAGGAUUUUUAUAUUGUGCUCUCUGGGGUUGUGGUAUUUGUGUGCUGUGUUUUGAAAUUCAUUUCAAAGUGUACUUAAUUUCCUUACGUCUAAGAUGUAUCUAUGUAAUAAGGCUGCUUGGAAUUCUCUUUUGGUUCAGUGAUGUUUGACAUGGAGAAGUUGGGUUUAUUAAAAGAAAGUCUGAAGAA